GUCCAGGACGCCCUUCCAAAAAAUCCCGAUUCACUGCACCAGAGCAAAUGGACUGGACCCUGAGCUGACAACUGCGGCUCCAAGCUAAGACGUGCCAAUCCACUUGUGCAUCCGACGCACCACUCGAGCGCGAGCUAAUUCACGCCAUGCUCCUCCACGGCUUCAGCUGCCCAUCCCCUGGCGACAAGAACCCCGCCUGUGCCUGGAGCUGGGACGGCGCUGCGGGUACAGACAGCUUGACCGAGUAACUGCCCAGGUUCAGCCAAGCAGACCGACAGAUAAUCUGCCUGUUUGUACCAGACGGAGAUCCCACUCGUGUAUAUAACGACAGUCCUUCCCUCAGCAGUAGUCUCGAACACUGCCUCCUCAUCCUGUCCUCCUUUCCACUCGUCUCUUAAAUCACCGAUUGUGCUUCUUGUCCUGCAUCAGUGACCUUCACCGCGUCGUCUCUUCUGCUUUCCCCUUCGUCAGCCUCUUCAAAGUUCAUCAUGGCAUCGGACAUGGCUAUGCCUGACCUCCCUGCGCUGCCCGCGCACCAUGAGGAUCUAGCCCAGUACAUUGCCGCCAACCGCAGCCGCAAUGUCAACGACCUCAUCCAACCCUACCGGCAGUAUGAGAACCAGCUGAGGGCCGUCUUCGCCCAGGAUCGCAGCAACCCCGUCCUGGAAGACCCUUACAUCAACGUGCUUCCUCUCUUCAACGAGAACACCGAGCACAUCAAGGUACGCGCCAGGAACCUCGAGGCGGAGUCCGAGGAGGAGAAGUCCAAGUACAUCAUGCCCCUGUCCCAAGACGAGAGGCGUCCAGAUGGCUCUCCAGCGACAGUGCGGAAUCUCGCCGAGUUCCAGAACAACUUCAACAUCUUCUCCGAGUCGUCCCUGGUGGACAUGGACUGGAGCAAUGUCGUCGCGGCUGGAUCAUCCGUGAUCAACACUCUCUUGCCAGUUCCCAAGGAGUACACUACCACGAAGCGCAAGCUUCGCGAGUACUACCACGAGAAGUUCUGUCCAGCCUCUGACGUCGACCUGUUCCUGUACGGGUUGAACCACGAGCAAGCCAUUGAGAAGAUCAAGCAAAUUGAGCAGUCUAUUCGUGACGCCCUUCUGAACGAGGUCACUGUCGUCCGCACCAAGUACGCCAUCACUAUUGCAAGCCAAUAUCCUGUCAGGCACGUGCAGAUUGUGCUCCGAGUCUACAAGUCAAUCAGCGAAAUCCUCACGGGCUUUGACAUUGACGCAGCGGGCGGUGCUUUCGAUGGCCAGCAGGUCUGGGUGACGCCCCGUGCUCUGGCUAGUUUCAUCACGCAGACCAACCACAUUGACCUCAGCCGACGCAGUCCUUCGUAUGAGAAUCGACUCUCCAAGUACUCUCACAGGGGUUUCGAGGUGUACUGGGCCGAUCUCGAUCGCUCCCGCAUCGAUCCCACCAUCUUCGAGAGAAGCUUUGCACGAACACUGGGCCUGGCGCGACUGUUGAUCCUCGAGCGUCUGCCUACCAGCUCGGCUCGCGAGGCAUAUCUCAACAGAAGGCGACAAGAGCGUGGCCGUCCUAGUGCAUACCGGCAGAAGUUCCACCUCGGAGGCAAUAUCAAGGACUUCUACGAAGACGAGGUGGCUGACUGGCUUUCGGAAGAGGAAGUCUCCAACUACCACACCUUCACCGUGCCGUAUGGCGAAAAGUUCAACGCCAAGCGCAUCGAGAAGCUUUGCUACACGCGAGAUCUGUUGCUUAACGCGGAGUGGAAUCAGCCCAAGGAGCGAGAAGUGUACUUGCAUCGGCACCCAGCGUUCUUUGGGCGCGUCCAGGAUGUCAUCGAGGACUGCUGCGGCACCUGUCCGGUGCCCAAGACCGAGGAGGAGAUUGAGGUCGCCGAGAAGGAGGCCGAAAUCUACAUCUCGGGCAAGGUGUCCUUCCUUAUCGAUGACCCUGGCCGUCAGCAGAUUGGAUCCUUCAACCCCCUGACCGAGCAGGAUUGGACAGACAUGGCGUAUGUUGGGAACACAGCAAGGCUGUGCCAGUCCAUUGUCAAUGGCGACCUUGACGAUGUACUAAACUGGCUGGCCCAGCCGGACGCGGAUGCCAACACCCGCGACUACACUGGCCGCACGCCUCUUCACUUGGCCGUCAUGGCCUCGACUCCCGAUGUUGUCAAAGCUCUCAUUGAUCACCGCGCGCGCAUCACGUCCCGGCUGGCAGAUGGCAGGACUGCGCUCCAUCUGGCGGCCUCACGCGGCGACACGGAGAUGAUCAAACUGCUGAUGGACAAGAGCAUUGAGAAUGAGGAGAUGGAGGAAGAGCGCAAGGAUCGACGCCGGGCGGCCUCCAAAGCUGCCAAACCUGCCGCGAAUCCACCGGAUGGCGAAGACUCACAGAUGCGCUCCGACGACGAGGAUGAAGCUGAAGACAAAUCGGAUGACGAGAUGACCGACUAUGCGCAGACGGAGACAGACGCGCAUUCGGCCACCACCGGCUCCUUCAUCAAGAUCAAGGACACCAGCAACAAUGAGGAUAACCGGGUCGACAUUGUGCCCGAUGAAUCUGAUGACGACCCCGACUACUACCAGAUUGACAUCCUCGCAUGGGAUGUCCCAUCUUCCCCCCUACAUCUCGCGAUUGUAGGCGGGCACGAAGAUGCUGUCAAGCAGCUCUGCGACUACGGCGCCGACUCUAUCCUGCCUGUCAAGUUCUCCGACAACGACUCUGGAAGUGCGGCGGCGAUCCUGACCUUGGUUCUCGCUCUCUCACUCCCAUCGAGCAAGGCGAAGUCAAUGGCACGUCUACUCCUCAGUCUGGGCGCCAUCAGCUCACAGGCGGAGACCAACGGUGUCACGGCCUUCCAGAGAUAUGUCGAAUCGGACAAGUUGGAAAUGGUCGACACGCUGCUGGAGCAUGACAAGGCGGGCGUCAAGAGCGCUAUCAAUCACCUUGCGUUCGGAGGCUGGAACUGGUCCCCUCAAGCAGCAGCGCCUCUCCACACCGCGAUCGAAACGGGCAACCCGUUACUUGUCCUGAAGCUGUUGGCCGCCGGCGCUUCGGUGCAAUUUGAUUACGAGACCUGGCUCAAGUCUGCCAAGGUGUCGCCGACUCAAUCCAGCCGGUUGGGAGACUUGGACAGGAACAAGAGACAGUGGCGCCAGAUGGUGCAACCUUUGGCUCUUGCGAUCAGUCACGGCCACUUUGAGAUGGCCCUGGCUCUCUUGGAGAACGGCGCGGAUCCAAACACCCUCACCGGAGAGUCCGAGUUGCUCUUGAUAGACACCCACCGGCGAUCGUGGAAUACGGGUACCUCCGUCCUGGACGACGUCAACGAGAUCAUCAAGCAACUUGAGAAGGGAACCUCAGAAGAUCGGAAGACUCUGGAGAAGCCCCAAAAGCGGCCUGGGCUCGACGAAUAUAUGCAGAACUUUCAGGGAGGUUCCUACGCCCGGUGGGUGGCGGGCAGGGCCGUCGCGGAUGCGCAGAAGAAGUUUGAAGCCUCCAUGACAUCGUACGUGAACGAGGUCAAGAAGAGAGAGGAGGGCGAGGGUGAAACGGCAGAGCAAGUCAAGUUUGAUGCCCUGAUGGAGUUGACUCAGGAGUUCGCCAAGCUCCGCGACGCACUCAUCGCCAAGGGAGCAAAGACAUUCAAGGAGCUGCACCCGGACAUUGCCAAGGAGACGAGCAACCACCGUACCCGGACCUAUGGCAUUCUGUCCCACCAUGUCUAUCACACGGUUCCGGACAGUGAACAGAACAAAAAGCCGUUUGAGGUCCGUUUCCAGUUCCAAGGUGUGUCAGACAUGACCGAUGCGCGUCGAGAUGCCUAUAUCGAACUGUGAGUCCGCCAUGCAUGCUGAAUCAAGGGAUGUUUCUUCUAACGCACUAUAGCUUCGACGCAGCGUGGGAUGGCG